AGCUGACAGUUUAAGGUUAAAAUUUAAAAAUGUGCACGAACUGUGAACCACGAGGUGCUCGAAUUUGAUUUUUUUAACUAAAAGCGGCCGAGAUUGUUGCAGUUUUUGGUGUGAGUGCAAUAGUGUGAGGUGCGUGCUUGCCGCAGAGUUAACGUUUAAAAAGCACGUGGUCGCAACUCUUUGGAAAGCGUUUAGAAUCGUUAAAAUGGCCCGAAGGCUGCCUCUGGUUGUUAUAUUAGGAGCCACAGGUUCAGGGAAGACUAAAUUGUCGAUUGAAUUAGCGCAGAGGUUUAAGGGGGAGAUCAUCAGUGCAGAUUCGAUGCAGGUUUACAAAGGGCUUGAUAUUAUAACGGCGAAAGCUACUAAAGAGGAACAAAGUCUUGCCCCACAUCAUCUUCUCGAUAUUUUAGAUCCUCAUGAAACGUUUACAGUGGUUGAAUAUCGCAACAGUGCCUUAAAAAUUAUAGACAGUCUAUUAAACAGAAGUAAAUUGGCGAUCGUCGUUGGUGGAACUAAUUAUUAUAUAGAAUCCCUCUUGUGGAAAAUUUUAAUUGAGGCGCCCGGAGAGCAUGUAAAGGCAUUGCCGGACAUCGUUAAUAAAGAUCACGAAUUGCCGAGCGAGGAACUCCACAAAAAGCUGAAACUGUUGGACCCGAACAUGGCGAGGAGGCUGCAUCCGAACAACAAAAGGAAAAUACUGAGAUCUUUGGAAGUGCUGUAUCAGAAGGGACGACAACACAGCGCGAUUCUAGAGGAGCAACAAAAGGCGCAAGGAGCGUCACAGUCUGGCGGCGGGCUGAGGUACAACAAUGCGUUGAUAUUUCAUUUACAAUGUGACAAAGAUGUCCUUGAUGGGAGAUUAAAUCAGAGGGUCGACAAGAUGGUACAGGAGGGUUUGGUGCAAGAACUUUUGGGUUUUCAUGAGAUGUACAACAAAAAUCGGAUAAAUAGUACAGAAGCUCCUGAUUACACAAAAGGUGUUUUUCAGUCCAUAGGCUUUAAGGAGUUUCAUUCGUACUUUACUUUGAGCGACGAGGACAGAGAGUCGGAGAAAGGAAAAAACGAACUUGAGAAAUGCAUAGAAGAGUUGAAAAUGGUGACGAGGAGGUACGCCAGAAAGCAAAAUAAGUGGACGAAUAACCGUUUCCUGGGGCGGAGGGAUAGGGAGGUGCCUCCACUUUACGGGCUGGACGUCACCGACUUGGAUAAGUGGGACGAAAAUGUCACCCAACCGGCCGUCGAAAUCGUGGAAUCCUUCAUAAACGGAAGCGACUGUAAACACAAGCCGCUUCCCAUGCAGCAAACGAGUUCCAACCCGAACUCUGAAGACGACACCUACUUUUGCGAAACGUGCGAGCGCACCUUCGUGGGUAACUUUCAGUGGUUGGAUCAUCUCGGUUCCAGGCGCCACAAGAAGAUGAAAGAGCGAAAGAGCAAACAAGAAAAAAGUGCGGGAGUGGUGAAUGAAAUAACGAACGUUGUCUAAAGCAAAAUGUGUAUUCCUAGCUUAAAGGAACUAGUUUACAGCAAUCGUAAGACUACCGAUGAAAAUUAAAAAACUAAUUACAACCAUAAUUACAUACAAGUAGUUAUUGUAUAAGUACAAAUAACAACAAAAUUAAAAUAA